CUUAGCAAUUUUAGGCAAUUUAGUCAAACUUUGUUGUCAAUCUGUGCCGACGAUGGGGCGAAGAAAAUCUAAAAGAAAGCCGCCACCGAAAAGGAAAAAUAUAGAACCACUCGACCAGCAAUUUAACUGUCCGUUCUGCAACCAUGAAAAAUCCUGUGAAGUGAAAAUGGAUAAAGGAAGAAACACAGCAAAAAUCACGUGUCGAGUGUGUUUGGAAGACUUUCAAACUGGAAUUAAUUUUUUAUCAGAGCCAAUUGACGUUUAUAAUGAUUGGGUAGAUGCAUGCGAAACGGCCAAUUAAUUAAAUUGGAUAAAAAUUAAAAUUAAAACAAAAAUUUAACUUAAUGACAUAUUAAAAUAAGUAUGUUUGUUCUAAGAGCUUAGGAUUAUAUAAACAGUUAAAUAUAAUAUUUGAUUGAGACUUAAAUAAUUAACUUUCAAUUCAAUUAGCGGCCAGUUACUUUUAAGAACGCUAGUGUUGGCGCUCCAAAUUUUGUAUACUCCAAGGCCUCGCGCACACUAUAGCUGAAAGAGGGCCGAAAGUGCAUCUGAGCUGAAGAGGCUUUCAAAUCUAGAUAUUAACUUUUUUCGCUGGAAUCAGUAUGGCAGGAUGACCACACUGUAAUGUUUAAAUCUGUUUAAAAAACUUUUUUGUUUUUGUUUUUGAAGGAACCCCAACCAAAAGUUCUCAUUUGUGCAGACUAAUUUGUACGAGCUAAGUCCUCCCCACAGUUUUGCAAUGGGGUCCGUCUAUAAUUUUAGACUUCCUCUAUCCACUCGAUGUAGUUCCUUACUCGUUCGUUUUAUUUCGUAUAUCUCUUAAAUCUAUUGAUCAUAUCAGACCUUUUUGGAUCGAUAAUAUCGAUUGCGCUUCUGUAUCUGUACACAAUGUAAGGCGCAAACUUCAAAUUAAUUCACAUGUAUUUACAUAAUAACUAAAAUAUUUACACUUUUACCAUUUA